AUGGCACAGCUUCAUAAACGUCGACACGAGCUCAGUGACAGUGACCUGACACCUGAGGGAGCGUCCUCGCGAGCUGAGAAAGCCGGUGACAGCCCCACGGUGUUCGUGAAACUGCUAGCGGCGGCGUUUUACGGAGUCAGCUCAUUUUUCAUCGUUGUUGUCAACAAAAGCGUCCUCACCAGCUACAGGUAAAAGUUCAAAGUACAAACAACAGGUACAGGAAGCUUUGGUUCGGACUCUUGACCAACUUUGUAUCUGCAGUGACAGCUGCAGGAGUAAGACAGAGCAACGUUUGUGGUGAUGGGGAUGUGAACUCAGGAUACUUUAUCCAAGGUGGUGGCACAGGUCUUGAUUAGAAAAAUGAAUGAAGUUUUAUUACAGGACCUCACAGUAAUGAUAGUUAUAUACAUAAAACUUUUCUAUACUUGUGAUACAAAGCACUUAUUGUUGAACAAAUACAACAAAACACAUAAAGGAAGUUAGCAAGCCAAUUCAACCAGCAGUCAUUAGAAUAAGGUAAAUUAAAUAACUGAUUUGGCAAAUGAAAUAAGUGACAUCAGUUAAACUCAUGUUACAUUAGCCUGCCAGAGAGAAUAUGGUCAAAAUCAGAAGAAGUGCUCUGAUUAAAGUACAUGUCAAAACUUCAUGCAAGAAUUCAAACACAUUAGCUCAAAGUUACUGUCUAUUGUUGCCCGCCAACAGUCUGAUUAGAUGUACUUGUAUGUCUAGAUCACAGGUCAAUCAAUCAAUCAAUCAGUCUUUAUUUAUAUAGCACUUUUCAUACAUAACAUGUAGCACAAAGUGAUUCACAUAGAAAAAGGAGUGACAGAAACAAAGAGUACCCAAAAUUACCCCAACCCAAGAUUAAAAGAAUACCCAAAUCAACCCCAGCCCAACCCCUCAUUCCCACCCCACGAUCUAAUUGCAACAAAAACAGUAUUAAAAUGCAUAAACUUAAAAAAGGGCUUGAUUUCGUGGAAACAGUGCGCACUGAGUGAAUGUCAUUUUAAAACUCAGCACCGGUGCAUCAUCAUUAUUGGUCCCCGGCAGCUCACUUCCGUUGUGGCUUUUUUUAUUUGCAUCCUUUUAUUUUUGCAUUAAGUCACUCUUUUUUUCCAUUGCCACUUUUUUUUUGCAUCAUUAACCUCCAUUGUGGCUUUUUUUUAUCUGCACCGUUUCUUUUUUUAUUUGCAGUGGGCUUCAGUUUCUUUUUUUGUUGCGCCGGUAACUUCUGUUGUGACUACUUUUUUAUUUGCAGCAGUGGUGGUUCUUGACCACCGUAUCCAGACACUGACUUUCAACUUAAAAUUACUGAUGAAAUCUUGUAGAGCAUUUUAAGAAUAAAACAUGUUUAGAUUACUAAAUAAAUACUUUCUGGAUGUUUCUAGAUUUCCAUCAUCAACAUGUGUCGGAAUCGGCCAGGUAAGUUUGUGUUUAAGUGAGCCACAUAUGAUGUUUAGCUCUAAACAGAUCCUGAUGUACUGAGUCUUUCCCCUCAAAUGACUGUAGAUGUUGGCCACAGUCGUAGUUCUGAGGACUGGGAAGAUGUUGGGUGUGAUAUCAUUCCCAGAUAUGGAUAUGAGUAUACCAGGCAAGGUGGGACUAUGAUAUUUUGAUCACUUUUUAGAGCUGUGAUAACAAGAACCUCCUAUUAAACAAGUUUGUGUUUCUUUUCAGAUGUUUCCUUUGCCUCUGCUGUAUGUGGGGAAUCAGAUAUCAGGGCUGUUUGGAACUCAAAAACUCAAGUAAAUACUACGUAUUUUAGGAUUACUGUCAUUUAAUCUUGACACAAUUUUCUCACUAUUGAAGAGUCACAUAAAUCUGUUUUUCCUUCCACCUAGCUUACCAAUGUUCACAGUUCUAAGAAGAUUCAGUAUUUUUCUAACCAUGCUUUUUGAAGGAUUCUUACUCAAGUAAGUAAAGUUACCUCACAUUGAGAAAGUUCUUGCAUCUGAACACGAAUCACUGUUCUAACCCAUUAUUUUGAUUUGCCAACAGGAAGACAUUCUCCACACCGGUUAAGAUGACUGUCUUUACUAUGAUCUUUGGUGCUUUUAUCGCUGCUAGGUGAGAAGCCGCAUACAGUAUUCACACCGUAACCUGACAUCAAGCAUUUCAAAAGAUUCAGUCUUAUUCUUUGUUUUAUGUUUUUUUUGUAGUGAUGACUUAGCCUUUGACCUUGAAGGAUAUGUUUUUAUAAUGCUGAACAAUGUUCUGACAGCAGCCAGUGGGGCAUAUGUGAAACAGAAACUUGACUCAAAGGUGAGCCACUCACACUCCCUCACUGUUUGUAAGAUGCAUUAUUUGGUGAACUGUGCUUUAAAAAUUGAUUAGCCCUCCCAACUCUACUUUCAUUUGUAUUUUUCAGACAAUCUGUUGGAAUUCAUGUUUAUUUUUUCUCUUUGCUCAAAUUUAAACAAAAUUUACAAUGUCAGGUCACAGGAAAUCACCUCUUCAGUUUUACUUUUUGAUCACACUACAUUUUAUACGGGAGUUCAAAUGUAUAAAUAUGAAAAUUUAAAAAUAAAUAUCGAUCAUACACUCACCACUCCAGUUUUUUAAAGAUUGUACUCUUUGAUGAAUGGUGACACUUGCAUAUAAAUUUGCCUUAUAUUGAAACUGCACCAUAGAUGUGGAUAAAACUGAAUGUUUAUUUCUUCAUGUGGGUCUUAUGCGAAGAUUCUGAUCCUGAUAAAAGCACAUGUUUUAAAUGAAGAACAUUAUCUUGUUUUCGUAGGAGCUGGGUAAAUAUGGCCUCCUCUACUACAAUGCUUUAAUCAUGAUUUUCCCCACUAUGGCAUAUGCUUAUUACUCGGGAGACUUACAAACAGUAAGUGAAACUCUUGUAUCUUCAGUUAAUGUGUUUUUUGUCCAAUACGUGUUUCUGAUGGUGUGUGUGUGUGUGUGUUUGAGCACAGGCGUCAGAGUAUGAUGGAUGGUCUGAUUUGAUGUUUGUUGUGCAGUUUGUGCUCUCCUGUGUGAUGGGGUAAGAUCCACAUCCAUCAUGGGUUAAUCUUUUAUGUUACAUGUUGCUGUUUUUUUUUCUAAUUCUCUUUCUGUCAUUUAGCUUCAUCUUGAUGUACUCCAUCAUGCUUUGCACGCAGUACAACUCAGCUCUUACCACCUCCAUCAUCGGCUGUAUUAAAGUGAGUAACAUCCAGCUGAUCCUGCUCCGGGCAUGUGUUACAUCAGGAAACAUUUCUUACUCUGUGUGAUCUCUGCAGAACAUCCUGGUGACCUACAUUGGCAUGGUGUUUGGUGGAGACUACAUUUUCACCUGGACGAACUUCUUAGGUCUAAAUAUCAGGUACAAAAAAAAUAAAAACAUACACGUACACACAAUCAAGAUUGUACUGUUGUGGAUCUAGAACAUAUCUCAUUUUUGCUUCCCACAGUAUUGCUGGUAGUCUGGUGUACUCCUACAUCACCUUCACACAGGAGCAAACAAGUAAGACUGGCUCUAGUCGUGUCAAUAAAAACAUGAUCAGAAACUGUCACAUUCAACUUCACAAUGUUGAAACUGCACAGAUGAGGCUUCGGGUUUCUGAAAUGUUUGCUUCAUAUUUUACAGAAAAGGCAUAA